UACCUGUCUUACCUGACGUGCGGCAUAGUCGAAUUGUCCAUUCGAUGCCUUAUCAAAGCAAGCAUCAUCACGAACGUCAUUGGGGUCCUUUUUUCGGGGAACCGGUCAACGUGACUUCCGGGGCGGCCUUGCAGGUUGGAUAUCAUUUAUCAACGGAGGCUAUCCUCAACUGUAGGGUAGGCAUGCUUAAAGAUAAAACGGUGAUGUGGAUACGACGAACCACCGAUAAGGUGUCGUUACUCACCGUGGGCAAUAAUACGUACAGCGGGGACCCGAGGAUAAAGGUCAAAUUUCAAUAUCCCAAUAAUUGGAGGCUACAUAUCAACCCGAUCAAAUCCGACGAUGCUGGACUGUACAUGUGCCAGGUGUCGACGCAUCCUCCGCGAGUGUUUGCAACGAAUCUCACUGUCUUGGAACCAGCCGUAAAAAUAGUGGAUGAAAUGGGCUACGAGUUCUUCGACCGUUACUACAAAUUGGGCAGCACGAUCGAGAUAUCUUGCCUAGUGUCGACGUCGUAUCUGGCGAGUCUUCCGCCCAGUUCCAAGUCCGUCGCCCAACAGCAACGCUCGAGGACUUCCGUUGGCGUUCAGGCGAACGCGUUGGACGAGAUGUCGAAACAAGGCACCAAAACCACCAACGACGAUAGCAAACUGUUGGAUUCGACGGAAAGAGGCUGGACCAAGGAUGGCGCCGAGUUGCCGAAGGACGUCAAGAUGAGUUUUAGCGGCACCAAGCAAUGGCUCAUCAGCCGGAUAUCGAUUCUGCAGGCAAAUCGUGUCCACAAUGGCGUCUACAACUGUACCGUUGCCGGCAAGCAGAGUCGGUCGGCUCAGGUGCAGGUUCUGAACGGUGAAACUCCGGCCGCUGUUCAGCAUAAUUUUGGGCUUCAACGUCCGUUCCACAAUGGUGGCAAUAAACUGAUGCGCACCGUUGAGUCGGGUUUGGUUUUGGCGGUCUUCUGUGAUAAAUGCCAUAUUGUAGUUUUCAUUCUCUGCUUAAUUCAAAGCGCAUGGAUUAUGGAGAAUAGUUCAGGGUCACUCACAUGCAUUUUGUGAUAUAAGAUUACUAGC